AACCCCUAUUUUGGGCGGGUCAGGGAGAGUUUAGGGACUGGACGGUCUCAAAAGAUAUGGUUUUUGAGCUGCUUUAGUCUGACAAAGGGUAAAGAUUUAGACCGUUUUGGUCUGAAUUAGGGUAUGUUUUUCACUCUGGCUUGGCAUUGACAGGAGCUUAUGGAGUUGGGUACUUUUUUUAACAAGGGACUAAUCUCUUCCGCUUCAUCAUUGGCAACUUUUUAGGCCUUCUAGAAGCCAUUUCUGGUUAGUGGCGGUCUGAGUUAGAGUCGUGCACUAACAUUAGUGGUCUGGAAUGGGGUAUUGAUUUUUGGCUCAAGUCUAAAAUAGGGGAUGGAAAUUGGGAAAAUACGGAUAUGGGAAGGGUUUUCAAUGUUAGGGCCGCACACCCGCCACCAAAAACUUUGGGGAGUACUAACUAGUUCUGCUCCAGUCACUUAGGUUGACCAACCUAACCUUGCGAGCCCGAAAAUGUUUGCCCCCACCCACUCCCGACAAGUGUACAUUUGUAUUUAUUUUCUCGUUCCCACCCUACCCCUGAACACAGAUCAUUUCAAGAUGGCGAACGCUGUGUAUUGUAGGUCCUUGUGAGCGGUUUUCUAUCAUGUUUAUCUCAGUCAAGACUAGAUUAAGCCUUUUUCGAUUGCUGGCAACCAGGAGCGUUCGAACGAAUGCGAUCUCGCUACAAAGCACGCCAGAGAAAGAAAGCAAUCGACAACGCUUGGUCAUUUUAGGCACCGGUUGGGGCAGCUACAGCGUGCUGAAGCAAAUCAACAAGAAACUGUUUGAUGUUAUCGUUGUCAGUCCGCGCAACCACUUCCUUUUUACGCCACUGCUGUGCAGUACAACUGUGGGAACGUUAGAAUUUCGAAGCAUCAUAGAGCCGAUUAGAAACACAGGAUUUCGAGACGAACACCAUUUUCAGCUAGCAGAAGCCGUGGAAUUGCGUCCAGAUGAACACACAAUUGUGUGCAAAAGUACUUUGAACGAUGAUCGAUACAAUCUGACGUACGAUAAAUUAGUCAUUGGAGUAGGUGCCAUUAGCAACACCUUUGGCGUCCCGGGAGUUUACGAACAUGCAUUCUUUCUCAAAGAAAUUGCGGACGCAAGACAGAUUAGGAAUCAAAUUCUUAAAAACUUCGAACUGGCUUUGCAACCUGGCGUUGCUGAAGAGGAAAAGAAGCGCCUGCUACACUUUGUGAUAGUUGGAGGUGGUCCAACAGGGGUGGAGUUUGGUGCAGAGUUAUACGACUUUGUAAAACAGGAUGUCACAAGAUUGUAUGUACACGAGAAGGCUAACGUUAGUGUGACAUUGAUCGAGGCAAGGCAGAUCCUGCCAUCUUUUGAUGAAAAGCUCCGCACUUUUGCAGAAAAAAAGAUGAGACAGAGGGACCAGUUUGAUCUUGUGCAAAGUAGUGUGACAGAAGUGCAUGCUGAUCACAUCAGGCUGCAAGAUGGGACAAUAAUGCCCUGUGGUUUAGUUGUGUGGUCUACAGGGCUCGCUCCAAGACAAUUUACUGCUUCAGUGGAUCUUCCAAAGAACAGCAACAGUCAGCUACUGGUUGAUCGAUUUCUCAGGGUGAAAGGAAUCAGUGAUGAGUCCAUAUUUGCCAUUGGUGACUGCUCCUUUGUUGAAACCAGCCCCUACCCCUGCACUGCGCAAGUUGCAGAACGUGAGGGCAGUUAUGUGGCAAAGUCCUUGGGACUCAUAGCACAAGGGAAAGGUUCUGAGGUGGAGCCUUUCUCCUGGAAAAAUAUCGGCAUGCUGGCUUACCUUGGAGAUUAUCAGGGCUUGGCUGAUUUUCCCACAAGCAAGUUGCAAGGCUUCAAGUCAUGGAUUCUUUGGAGAUCGGUGUACUUCACCAAGCUGGGCAGUUGGAGGUCGAGAUUUCAGGUGCCAUUCGAUUGGAUGAGAACAUUUAUAUGGGGAAGGGAUGUGUCUCAAUUUUAAAGGGCGCUGUGGAUAAACGGAGUGUUACAGUGAAAGUCAGAAAACCGUGAACUCCUAAAAUAUAUCAGGAAUGUUUAUUGUGGCCAAUCACGAGUGAGAUCUUCAA